AGUGGAACAUUCAAACACGAUCCUCUUUCCAUUGAUGAACGGUCCAUACGUCUUAUCACGAUUGAGCCUAAUUUAUCACAACCCGACGGACUUAUUCAAUGGGGAGAUCCCGAACCUCGCAAGCUGAUCCUCAUCAAUGGAAAAGAAGCUUCCAUCCAGACGAAUCUUUUCGACUUUCUAGACACCGUCCGUGCGACAAACCGAGAUGCGAUUUGGAUAGAUGCGCUAUGCAUCAAUCAAAACGACUCAAUGGAAAAGAAUCAUCAGGUUUCUCAAAUGGGCGAAAUCUACUCUGGAGCUCAGUGCGUCUACGCGUGGCUAGGUCUACCAAUAAAGCGGCCAACUGGAUGUGGCAAUCUACUGGAGUGUGUAAUGAACUUCACCAGGCACGAUCAUCAUCACGAGCUAUGGUUACUCACAAACCUUUUCAACAACGAGUAUUGGAAGCGAUGCUGGAUCAUCCAAGAGAUCGCUCUGGCUCUCCAUGUGGUUGUCCUGUUGGGACCUGACAGCUGCGACUUCUCACAGCUCGUGGAAGCCGCUAGCCGACCCAAAGUCUACGAAUCCCAGGGCAUUACAUUUUACCGGCGUUCCUACGGAUCUACGAGCAGUGUAUUCGCCCAGUUCUCAAAACUCAAUAUCGGUCGCAGCCAGUUCGUCGCAAAAGGUUUAAUCCCACUGCUCGCUGACUUUUCGAAGACGAGAUCUACUUUGACCCAUGAUCGCAUAUUCGCUUUGGUACCGCUUUGUCGCGAGAAGGCCAGCUUCGAGAUUGAUUAUAAUCUUUCGAUCAGGGAUCUGAUCUACGAGACCUUGACUAGCUGC